UAAUUUGUCAUAAGGAUGUCACUGGUAUGUCAUACGUGUUCAAAGAAUUUACAUAAAGUUGUUCUGUGUUAAAACUGUUAAAUGGAAGUGAUGGAAGAUGUCGCAAUUUGUUUUGAAGUUACAAGAGCGAUGUAGAUUGAAACGACAAUAGCCAUAUUAAAACUGAUAUUACAUCUUUCGAUGAAGGAAUGUGUACAACUUUUAGGUCCAUUAUAAUUAUUCAUUGAUAAAUCAACUACGAAGAAGAUGUCGCACUCAAAUUUUCCGCAGACCAAUGGUUUUGUUAGUAAGAAUCCAAAUUCUGAUUUUAAUAGAGAGUCUUAUGAUAGCACUUCGAUACAAGAAACAGCUGGUUUCAGUGAAAGUGCUAGCAGUCAACCAUCUGGAACAGGAGCUAUAAAGAAGGUUAAUAAUGGGCUUACUUGUAAUAGAGAAAAACCUCUUAAAAAUGGAUAUGCAAAAAACAAAUCUAAUAAACGGGUACCAUUCAAUAUUCCUCAUAAAAAGAGUCAAAGAUCUAGUUUUUGUGAUGAUGAACAGAUGCCCUAUAAUGAUUUCAAAUCUUGGGGACAUAGAAAUCAAAGAGACAAUAAUCACUAUAAAAUGCCCUUUUAUGACGAACAUUAUGAGGGUACAUAUAACAAUAAAGGUUAUAGGCAGAAUUUAAGUAGGCAAAAGAAUCCCCAAUAUGUUAGAGAGAUUCACUCAAAUGAUUCUAUGUUUGAAAGAAAUGGAAAAUUUAGGAAUGGUAAUGUAACAAAUUCAGACCAUCACAAUUCAGAUACAUCUAGCAGAAAACCAGAAAAUAUAAGCUCUUAUGAAGAGUGUUCUAAUGUGUUUAAAUCAAAUAGAUAUUGGAAUUAUAAAGGUAGCAGAAGAAAUUUCAGACAUUAUAAUGAGGAAACUACAUAUGAAGAUUCAAAUGCACCAAUUUCUAACAAAAAUGGGCAAUAUCAAAAUGGUAGGGAUAAGAAUACCCUGUUGCUUGAUGAACCUUUGCAAAGAAACUUUGAUAGAGACAGAUUUACUGGAAAUAGAAAUCAUAAGCAUAAUGGUAGAAUGGCAUAUUUUAAUCAGAAAAAACAUAGAAAUAAUGGGAAAGGAUUGAAAAAUAAUGUGGAAAUUGCUUCUCAAAGGGAGAGACUUGAAGGAAUGAUUAAACAACGAAUUUUAGAAUGUCUAGUCUGCUGUGAAUUAUUAAAGCACAAUAAUGAAGUUUGGUCUUGUAAACAAUGUUAUCACAUACUUCACCUCAAAUGUACUCAAGCUUGGGCAAAAUCCUCUAAAAUUGAAAAUGGUUGGAGAUGUCCUGCUUGUCAAAAUGUUUGUAAGGAUAUACCAGCAGAAUAUCUGUGUUUUUGUGGAAAACAGAAAAAUCCCAGAAAUGUCCCAGGUUUUAUAGCUCACAGCUGUGGAGAAAUUUGCCUAAAGGAUCGGCGCAACUGUGACCAUCGUUGCUCAAUAUUAUGCCAUCCUGGCCCUUGUCCCGAUUGCACUAUUCUAGUGGACAAAUCGUGUGGCUGUGGUAAAACGAAGCAGCAGGUUAUGUGCAGUUCAGAAGUUGAAAUCACCUGUGCCAGUCAAUGUGAUAAAUUACUAAAAUGUGGUAUUCACAAAUGUGAAGAAAAAUGCCAUAUUGGAGAUUGCAAACCAUGCAUAGAAAUUUUACACCAGAUAUGUUAUUGUAAAAAAAAAAGUAGGGACGUUACUUGCAGCUUCGAAACUAAAGGAAACGAAGAAUAUUCUUGUGGAGGCUCUUGCGAGAAGGAUUUGAGAUGUGGGAAUCACAAAUGUCAGAGAAUAUGUCACAGUGGUUCUUGUAAUCCAUGCAGUAAAGAUUGCGAUAUAAUUAAAACUUGCUUCUGUGGUAAAAUGGCCCUUGAGGUCCCUAGAAAAAGUUGUUUGGAUCCCAUUCCUUCAUGUGGCAUGUUGUGUCAAAAACUUUUGAAAUGUGGCCCAAGUAACGAACACCAUAAAUGUGAAUCGCCUUGUCACGAUGGGGAUUGUCCACCUUGCAAUCUCAGCACUUUUGUAAGAUGCAGAUGUGGAUCUAUGAACAAAGAAAUACCUUGUCAUAAGUUGAUUGAUGAUGAUGGAAGGUGUGAAAGAAAAUGCACAAAGAAACGCUUAUGCGGCAAGCACAAGUGCAACCAGCGUUGUUGUAUCGAGAUUGAGCAUGUUUGUCCACUACCUUGUAAUCGAACUCUUUCUUGCGGAAAUCAUAGGUGUGAAUUGACUUGCCACAGUGGCAGAUGUAAGCCAUGCAUGGAAACCAGCUUUGAUGAGCUCUUUUGUGAAUGUGGCGCCAACGUCACGUAUCCACCUAUACCGUGUGGGACAAAGCCACCAGUUUGUGACAAACCAUGUUCAAGACCAAGAGACUGCGGGCAUGAAGUUAACCAUGCAUGCCAUACAGGUCCCUGUCCACCUUGCACCGUUUUAUGUAAAAGAUGGUGUUAUGGUAAUCAUGAACAAAGAGGUGCCAUACCUUGCCAUCAAGAGGAAUUCAGUUGUGGUUUGCCAUGUGGAAAACCCAUACACUGUGGUAGACAUAAGUGUAUCAGUCCUUGUCAUUUAGGAACCUGUCCUACGCCAUGUAAACAGCCAUGUGUUUUUGAGCGUUCAUCAUGUGGACAUCCUUGUCUUGCAACUUGCCAUGAGCCCCCUUGUCCACAAAGUAACUGCAAAAGUAAGGUUGCAGUUUCUUGUAUUUGUGGAGUUCAGAAGGGAGUUAGAUCAUGUAAUGACGUGAUCAAUGAGAUCAGAAAUAUAGAAUUAGCCCAAUUGAGUGAAAAAAUGUUAAAUAUGUCCAAAAAUCAAUCUGUAGAUAUGACUGACUUGAAAAAGCCCAAAAGACCAGACGUUCUCAAAAUCUUAGAAUGUACCGAAGAAUGUCGUGUUAUUGAGAGGAACCGCAGACUGGCCAUAGGCCUACAAAUCCGCAAUCCAGAUAUAAGCCAGAAACUCACUCCUCGAUAUUCAGACUUCAUGAAAGGUUGGGCCAAAAAGGAUCCUCACUUUUGCCAACGAGUGCACGAUAGAUUAACCGAGUUGGUGCAAUUGGCCAAGCAGAGCCAACAGAAGAGUAGAGCACACUCUUUUGAAUCAAUGAACAGAGAUAAACGCCAAUUUGUUCAUGAAUAUUGUGAGCAUUUUGGUUGUGAAAGUGAAGCUUAUGAUGCUGAACCAAACAGGAAUGUUGUGGCUACAGCGAUAAGGGAUAAAUCUUGGUUACCCAGUAUGAGUGUUUUGGAAGUAAUUCAAAGGGAGAACGGCCAAAGGAAAGUGCCUAUGCCUACUAAUUUGGAAAGGAAUUUGUGUUCUCAAUCUGAAAGUGUUACUUUAAAACCUUUAAGCAGAACUUAUAGGUCAAGUGUACAGACGAAUGAUGUUGAAUAUUCAAAGAAGUAGUUUGCUUCACUUUUUUUCUUCACCUGCCAAAUGGGUAUGGUGAAACUUUUUUUUUAAUAGUAAUUCUGAAAAAUCAUAGCAGGAAAUAAAGUGAUAAUAAAAUGUUAACGGUUAUAGUUAUUAUAUUGCCUCAUUUAUUAAUGAGAUUGUCUUUUUUCGAUUGAUAGUUACUGUUUUUAUUUUUUUGUGAAAGUUUUUCAUAUUCUUUGAGUUUAGACCUACACCCCCCUCAACUGCUUAGCAUCAGUUUGAUAUUUAGAAUUGUUUCUCAUCAUUGAAAUUUUUUAUCAUUUAAGUUUACAUUGAAUUUUGUUGGUACUUUUAGUCAUUAUAACUAGGGGUAUUAUUUGUAAUUUCUUGGGUAAUAUUUUCUUGUAAUUUCAUUUAUAAAUCCAAUGAAGUAAAUUUGUGAUUUUACUCCUUAACUUGAAGAAUUACUUUGCUUUUCUGUAUAUUGAGUUCCUUUCGAAAAUGGGAAGGGAAUAAAAUUAUUUAAGAAUU